GUGCAUCGGAGGCCGUAAAAGUAGCAGCAGCAACAGCUGCCAGUCCGCUAGUACUAAGCGAUCUAUGAAAGCAAUUCCCGUCAUCAAAAAAAAAAAAAAUAAUAUUCUAACCAAAAAAGAUGCCAAAAUUAAUAAUUAUUCAAACACUUAGACUAUUUCUGCCUCUGGCCUAUGCACAGGAGUCACCACCACAAAUUAAUGCUGUGAUACACUGGGACUACAAUUUGCACGGCGAGGACUGGCCUGGCAUAUGCCACACGGGCUGGCAGCAAUCCCCCAUCAAGUUGGACGUUAAAACAGCGGUAGACCAUCGCUUGCCAAGGAUUAAUUUGGUCAACUACAAUACGAAACUCAGAGGCCCACUCAUUUUGGUGAACAAUGGUCAUUCGGCCAACAUGGAAAUACACGAAACGCUGAAGAACGAGAAACCCUAUAUAUCUGGUGGCUGGCUCAAGGGUAAAUACUUGGCGGAUGGUGUCCAUUUCCAUUGGGGUUCCUCUUUGUUUCGGGGCGCCGAGCACUGGAUCAACAAUGAUCGCAAGGAUUUGGAAAUGCAUAUCGUCCAUAGGAACUCCAAAUAUUCGGAUCUCAGUGAAGCCGUCAAGCACAGCGAUGGUGUCGCUGUCCUUGCAGUUCUUUUCCACUCUGAAGAGUUUCCAGUUCACACUAUUAAGGGCAUCGACAAAAUCGUCGCUCAACUGAAGGCAAUCAGAAAAUUCGAAGCGGAAGCAAAUAUCGCGGGUAGCUUCAGUUUGAGCCAAUUACUGGAAAACCUCGAUACCGGAAAGUUCUUCACGUACAAGGGCUCCCUGACGACGCCCGAUUGCCAGGAGGCCGUCAUCUGGACGGUGUUUGCCCAGACCCUGGCCAUAAGUAAAGCUGCGCUGAAGAAAUUCUGGAAGCUGCAGAACUUUGAGGGUCAGCCAAACAGGCCAAACUUUCGAUAUGCCCAGAAUGUGAAUGGCAGAACCGUGUACUAUCGAAAACCGAAAGACUAAUCAAUCCAUGGAUAGAUUUUGUGCUCCCCAAGGAAUAUACAAAUAAUAAACUCUGCCUCUCUGUUCAAAGGCCAACAGUCAAAGGGCACCAGCCA